AUGGGCUUCAACGUGCCGUUGCUGAACCGCGACUCCACGCUGGUCUACCAGCAGGCGCAGGCAUGGACCAAGGUACCCGAGAACCAAAAGCGCAUGGUGCUGGUGAUCGUCUCCAUCGCGCUGUUGUUGGACAACAUGCUCUACAUGGUCAUCGUGCCGAUCAUCCCCAAAUAUCUGCGCGACAUCCACGCGUAUGAGGCCAAGAUGAUCGGGGGCCAAAACGUGACGCAGACGCUGAAAGACGGGACGACGGUUGUAAGGAGAGAGGGUGGCACAUGGGACUAUGUGGAUGAGGAAUGGCAGUUGGGUUGGCUGUUCGCCUCGAAAGCUCUGCUUCAAAUCUUUAUCAACCCCAUCUCGGGGGCCGUCAUCGACAGGAUUGGAUAUGAGAUCCCAAUGAUCAUCGGCCUGACGACGAUGUUCUUCUCAACCGCCAUUUUCGCCCUCGGCCAAUCGUAUCCCGUGCUGUUCUUCGCCCGAUCGAUACAGGGUUUCGGCUCUGCUUUCGCCGACACUUCCGGUCUGGCCAUGAUCGCCGACAGAUUCUGCGAAGAAAAUGAGCGAUCAGCCGCCCUUGGCAUUGCCCUGGCCUUCAUCUCGUUUGGAUGCUUGGUUGCUCCCCCGUUCGGUUCUGUGCUCUACUCGAUUGCCGGGAAGCCUGUUCCAUUCCUCGUGCUCGCUUUCGUGUGCCUGGCCGACGCGUUCGCAGUGUUCUUCGUCAUCCAGCCGCGCGAGUCCAGGGCGGUGGAUAGGAGUACUGGGGAGCGAUUGCAAGGUACCCCGAUGUGGAAGCUAUUCAUGGACCCGAUGAUUGCUGUCUGCUCGGGGGCGUUGAUCAUGGCGAACGUCUCACUCGCAUUCCUUGAGCCCACCAUUACUAAUUGGAUGGCCGAGACGAUGAAGGGCACUCCGGAUUGGCUUGUGGGCAUGAUUUGGCUGCCGCCAUUCAUCCCCCACGUUCUCGGAGUGUACGUGACUGUGAAGCUGCUCGGAAAGUAUCCCGCUUAUCCAUGGGCCAUUGCUAUGGCUGGACUAGCGAUGGAGGGAAUAUCAUGUCUGGCUGUUCCCUUCACAACCACUGUCACGCAGCUGAUGAUCCCGCUGUCAGUGGUGUGCUUCGGAAUUGCCCUAAUCGAUACCUCGAUCCUUCCACUUCUUGGUUACUUGGUGGAUACACGACACGUUUCCGUCUACGGAUCGGUGUACGCAAUCGCCGACAUCUCGUAUUCGUUGGCGUACGCCUUCGGGCCGAUCAUCGCCGGUUGGAUCGUCUCCAACAUCAGUUUCCUGGCCCUGAACAUCAUCAUCUUCGUGACGAACGUCGGCUACGCGCCCGUGUUGGGCAUGUUGAGGAAGGUGCACGGUUAUCAGGAGGUACUCGCGCGGAACGAGACGAUGCUCAAAGAGGGUGAUUACGGUAAGAUUGACGGUGCCGACCAUCCGCAAGAGGGUCACACGGCCCGCGUCAUCAAUCAGCAAUACCAGCCAGAGUAUGGUGGCGUACAGAACGGCCAUACCGUACCCGCCGAGCCGGCCACAAACUACGAUCCCUUCAACCCGCAGUGG